AUGGGAAAGAAGGCUAUCCAGUUCGGUGGUGGCAACAUCGGCCGUGGCUUCGUGGCUGCCUUCCUCCACGACGCUGGCUACGAGGUCGUCAUCAUCGAUGUCAUGGACAAUGUCAUCAACUCUCUUCAAAACACCCCCUCCUACCAGGUCACGGAGGUCAGCGAGAAGGGUGAAGAAACCAAGACUGUCUCUAACUACCGUGCCAUCAACUCCAAGACCCACGAGAGUGAUGUCGUCAAAGAGGUCGCAACUGCAGAUGUCGUUACCUGUGCCGUUGGCCCCAACGUGCUCAAGUUCAUCGCUCCCGUCAUCGCCAAGGGUAUUGACGCGCGUACUGAGUCCAAGCCCGUGGCUGUGAUUGCUUGUGAGAACGCUAUUGGUGCCACCGACACUCUGCAUGGCUACAUCAAAGAGCACACCGAUGACUCUCGCGUCAAGUCUCUCGGCGAGCGUGCCCAGUUUGCCAACUCCGCCAUUGACCGUAUCGUCCCCAACCAACCGGCCGACAGUGGUCUCAAUGUCCGUAUCGAGAAGUUCUACGAAUGGGUCGUCGAGAAGGGCCCCUUUGGCUCCGUUGGCCACCCCGAUAUCCCUGCCAUUCACUGGGUCGACAACCUUGAGCCCUACAUCGAACGCAAGCUCUACACCGUCAACACGGGUCACGCAACCACUGCCUACUAUGGCUACCAGAGCGGUAAGAAGAUGAUUGCCGACUCCCUGGCCGACGACAAGAUCCGUGGUAUCGUCCACAACGUCCUCGCGGAAACGGCUGCUCUCAUAGUCGACAAGCACGGCAUUCCCGAACAGGAGCAGAAGCAGUACGUCGACACCAUUAUUGGCCGUAUCUCCAACCCGUACCUUGAGGACCAGGUCGUGCGUGUGGGUCGUGCUCCCGUUCGCAAGUUGUCUCGCAAGGAGCGUUUCAUCGGACCGGCUGCUCAGCUGGCGGAGCGUGGCAAGAAGUUCGAUGCCUUGUUGGGCUCCAUCGAAAUGGCUCUUCGCUUCCAGAACGUUGAAGGAGACGAUGAGAGUGCCCAGCUGGCCAAGAUUCUCAAAGAGAAGUCUGCCGCAGAUGCUACUAGCCAGCUUACCGAACUUGACAAGAAUCACCCUCUGUAUGCGCCUGUCCUCAAGCUGGUGGAGAAGGUGCAGCAAGACUCCAAGUAG